AUGGAACAUUUGCAAAAGAAGGUCAGACAGUUCACUGAUGCAUGCGAGAAGGAAAAGGUAGGAAGGACCGAUGAUGAUGAUGAUGAUGAUGAUGAUGAUGAUGAUGAUGUUGAUGAUGGUGAUGAUGAUGAUGAUGAUGAUGAUGAUGAUGAUGAUGAUGAUGAUGAUGAUGAUGAUGAAAAUGAUGAUGAUGAUGAUGAUGAUGAUGAUGAUGAUGAUGAUGAUGAUGAUGGCUGA